UGCCCCGUUCAUUUUCCGUCUCUCCUUCGCUGCACUCCCCUUCUUUUCUUUCUCUCUUUCUCUCUUUCUCUCUUUUGUGUUUUGCCGUUCUUUUUUCUUUCUCCGUCUCUCUUUCCACACCCUCUCUCACUCCGUCUCUCUCUCUCUCUCUUCCGUCGCUUGCUCCGCAAGCGCUUUUGCUCUAUGUACAUAAUAUACACGAGUCUCGUUCUCGAUCAUAGAGCAGUGGCGCGGGUUCUCGUAUAGCAAGCAAAAGCCGGAUCUUAAUUUUCGUCUAGUCGCCGAUCGGUAUACACGCACAUCGCUCCUUUCUUUUCCUCAUUCUCCCUCUUUCUCUGUUUUAAACCACAUUUUUUUUUCACGCGCAAAACGGAAGAGGACGAUACACACGCGUAUAUAGUUCUCCACAAGUGAGGAAGAUAUAUAUAUAUAUAUAUCAGGACACACAGCCGUCACAUCCUCCUCUUCCUCUUCUUCCUCAUCGUCGAAGUGUCAAGUCAAAACUCUCGUACGGACGAGAUGCAAACUUCAGAUUGAAGUAGCAGUAGCUGAAACGAGGGAGAGAAAGAGAGAGAGAAAGAGAACUUACGACAAUUGGCUGAAGGAUACCAAUUUGCAAAUCUCUCGAUUUUUCUGAGAGGAGAAAAAAAAGUGAUAUCGCGUGAGAUGAAGAGAAGAAGAAGCGACGACGACGGCAAGCCGGCCACCAAAUAUCGACAUCGGGAAUAUUUGUUUAACGAAUAUGUUGAGACCAAGACGACGUCACAGUCUGCUAAAGAGGCAAUUGUCAAGCAAGAGAUGGAGGAGGAAAAGGCAGCGGUGGUGGUGGCGGCGAUAAAAAGCGAGGACGUCAUCAAACACGAUGUCGGGCAGGAACACCCUCAACAGCUGGUCUACGUGGCGAAGGAGGAGAUCGGGGAGGAGAGCGGUGUGGGCGUGCUGGAAGAGGCGGGACAGCCGGAAAUGGAAAAUGGCGCCUUGGUAGAGCCAACCGGUGUCGAAGCAGUCGCUAUUGCGGUCGCCACUGUCGCCGCCGCUGUCAACAAUCACGCGGACGACGAUCCGAACGCGACUUAUACCCUUCACGAGCUAGGAUAUCAUCCCGCGCACAUGAUUCACGAGAGUUUUGAGGGCGGUGACAUGAGGGAAGAACAGGUCUCACAGACGCCCCACCAACAGCCGCAUCAUCAACAGCAGAAAACGCACCACCACCACCACCAACACCAACACCAUCACCACCACCAUCACGAACAGCAGCCGCAUCAAUACGUGCAGGUCGGGCCAAGAGAGGUCCCGGUUCCCGAGGGAGGGGAUAACGCUCACCCGUCUGAGACCUCGGUCGUGCUGGAGGGACACGACCACAGUCAGAUGUCUCGCUCGACAAUGCAACGAUAUACCGAAACGCUCUCACCGACUACGACAGAACAUCACCAUCAGCAGCAGUCUCAACACCAUCACUUGUCCGAAGUGCAUCAAUUAUCGUCCGCCCACCGUCAUCUGGAGGAUCCGCAGCAUCACCAUCAGGAAACGGACGAGGACGUUGAGCGAAGCAUGAGCAUCGCGGCCAUGAGGAACCCACGGGGAGAUUAUCUAAGUGUUUUCUUCAAUCUUGCUAUUCCACCGAAUACCAGCAACGGUAGCAACCAUCAUAAUCACGCGUCGCAUUUGGAGGACGUGCUGUCCGAGCCCUAUUCGCAGCAUCAUAUUCGUGCCAGCGGCGCAUCAUCGACCGGCGCGUGUUCCCCGUCGGUCCAAACUGUGGGUGGUUCGCCACAAUCAAGCCACAGUCCGCACGACGAUCAGACGACCUUAUCGUCGCCGCAACAUCGUCAGGAUGCCGGCUACAGUCCGACCGAUCAAGGCAGGUUGCAGUCGUUCACGCAUCUCACGGCGAUGCAGCCGCCACCGUCGGUUCAAACCAAUCACGGAUUGCAGGACUCCGAUCGGGUGUCCGAUCAGCUUUACAUGGACACGAUAUACGCGCAUCACGCGUCCGCCACUCCGCAUCAUCAUCAGGAUCAGCACGAUCAGGAUCCCUCUGCGCCGCACUCGCCCGUGAGUGCCUCGCUCACCAGCUCAUCGAUAUAUCGACCGAUAGGCGGUGUGAACGCCGGAACCGGAACCGGAGGAACCUACGCUCUUCCGUAUAUUGCGAACAGCCCGACGGAACUGCAAUCGUCCCCGCAGCUUUGGGGCGCUCAGACUUUGACUGGUAGCGCAUUGCCGAUUUCUGAAGAUUACGGGAGCACCAAGUCGUCGCCUACGGUGCCCCAUCAAUCAUUGCCGGCGUUCUCGACGCAACCUUUUGCCGGUCGAUCAAGUUUUCGCGGAUACAGUCCGCCGUAUUCGUCGUCUCAGCAGAACACAACCGUCGCCGAGGUGAGCACCUGGCCUUACACGAGCCCGUCGGUCACGAGCGAUCCACUGACCACGCAAUAUGGCACGCCGUCGCGACGACAGACCGUCACUCCGGUUACGACGCCGACGCAAAUCAGCGCAGCGGCCAGUCUAAGUGCAAUGCACAACAUCGGUGAGGCGGAGUACUAUACGGAGGGUCGCGAGUGCGUGAACUGCGGGGCGAUUUCCACACCCCUCUGGCGUAGGGACGGAACCGGGCAUUACCUCUGCAACGCGUGCGGUCUCUACCACAAGAUGAACGGAAUGAAUCGGCCUCUAGUUAAACAGCCACGUCGCCUGGCUGCCAACAGGCGCAUUGACCUCUCUUGCAGCAACUGCGAGACGCGAAUGACGUCGUUGUGGCGUCGCAACGCAAUGGGGGAACCGGUGUGCAAUGCUUGUGGUCUUUAUUUCAAGUUGCACGGUGUCAACAGGCCGUCGACCAUGAAGAAGGACAGCAUUCAAACGCGCAAACGGAAGCCCAAGGGUGGUAUGAAGAGCUGCGACACGCCGCUUUCCAACAACGUCGCGCAGUGUGCGAACAACAACAACAACAAUACACGCCCGUAUUCACCACUCACUUGCGCCUCAAAGAUACCCGUCGGCUCGGUGUACGCAAACGACCUGUACAACAGUCCUCAGCUUUCGAAAAUAGUAUGCUAUCAACCUUCGAUGUACUAUGACGUUACGCAACAGCAACAGCAACAACAGCACCAACAGCUGAUGGAGACUCACUCGCCGAAGAUCGAGUGCCCAUCUCCGCCAAGCACGCGCUCACCCGGAAUGAUAUCCGCCGGACAGUCGCCCGAUCAUCAUCAGCUCGCUUCGCCGCAUAUCGUCACGUUGGGAAAUUCGUCGACCAGUCCAGGCGGGACCAAACUCAUGCUGGACAACGGUCAUCUGGAGAGGCCCACGGUCGUAUCCAUAUCGUCUUAAGAAGGAUUCGUCAAAAUUUGUGAUAUACCGCGCGUGUUAUGUACACCUUUUCAUUUUCGGAAUGCGAUGUGUGGUGGUGUGUUUUAAGAACUCGGUUCCAACAUCUGUUUUCAAUUGAAAGUGUUUUUGUUUGCAAUUUAUUUCUCUCGUCUUUAUUUUUUUUUUUUCUUUGUUGACCGUUUCACCGCGGGAACUCGGACGCAAAAAAGCGCACACCGUGUGCUAUAUAUAUAUAUAUAUGUAUAAUUAUAUAUAACUUGAAACAUUAACAAAACAUAAAAAAUAAAUAUACAGAGAUGUAGGAUUAAUUAGAAUGUAUGACAUUGUUAAACAAAAAAGUUUGGUUAGGUAAUGUGUAAAAAAAAUUACGAGUUUGCAGAAGAGUGCCGAAAGUGCCUACGAGCUUGCGACAAAAAUUUGGCUGGACAUCUGUAGCAAUAUAUAUAUUGAGUAUGUACGUAUAACGCAUUUCUCGAGCGUUUGCGCAUACAUAUAUAUAGGUGUCAAUGGCGAUGAAAGAAAUAACAAAUAUUUUGCAUAAAAACUCGCGUGUAAAUAAUGCACUAGAUGAAAUACUACGGUGGCACUGCAAUCGGUUGGUUUCGAGCGACGAAGAAAACGCGAGGGAAGAAAUGCUCGAAAUAUAUUUUAACUUAUGUGACAGCAACAUCGUUGCGACGCAUGUAAUUUUCGGAAAAAUGAAAAAAUGAAAAAAAAAUUGUAUCUCAACAACAACAAAGUGUUUGCGAGAAAAGUGAUUUUCUCUCGCGAAAUGCUUUCUUUACGAGACAACAUUCGUUGUAAACAAUUAAAGUGAAACACAUCUUCUAUGUUGUGGUUAAGAAUUCUUGAAGUGAAGAAUUCUUGAAAUAUUGUCACUCAGAAUCUCAGUGUAAUACUUAUCAAUGAAACUUUAGCCGCUCGGGUGUUACGCGUACAUUCGAUACGAAUACAGCAGAGUUUCCUCUCGUUUUUUUUUUUUAAGUCCUCGCUUCUCGGGUGAUUCUUAUAUCCUUGCGAUCAUCGAUUUUUUUUUUUUCCCCCUAAGUUCUCAUCUCGUGCCGCCGUAUGAUUGAUUGUGCAUGCGCGGAACAUAUUCUCGCCAUAUGCGCGUCGUGCUGGAUCGGGUUGCCUGCAACAAUAAGUGUUUUCGAAGAAAAAGAGGACGGUUAGCGCUUACCCUAUUUUCCACCUCAGGUUAACGCGGGAGAAAAAUGAAAGUAAAAUAUUAGAAGAUUCUCCCUAAAACCCUCGGACGGUCCGUAAUCACCGCGGACGUAAACCCUCGGAAAGUCCGCCCGGACGACGUCGGCACUUUAAAAAAAAAUGACAGUAUCCGCGAGGGGGCGAGGGAAAGAGGACGAAUUGACAACUCUGACGAUUACUGUAAACGAGUAAGAGGAAUAAACAGGAAAAAAUUUGAGAAGUGAAGGCUGAACGGAUUUUAAUUGGUAACUCGAGAAUCAACGGAAAUUCUGCUGUAAAAUUGUUUUUUUUUUUUUUUUUUAAAUAUGUUACUUUUAAGUAUAUUCGUCAAUUUUAUGUGCUCUACGACUUGACGUCGUAAACAAAUCCGUUUACAAAAUACGCAUUCCAUUUCUUUCUUCAUUCAGCUGGACGAUCAUCUAGCUGAAUAUUUUCCCUCCACCCGGCAUUGUGAUACGCACAUGAUCGAGAAGUAUAUAUAUAUAUAUAUAUAAUUUAUAUAUAUAUAUUAUCGAGAAAAUUAUAUAUAAAUUUAUUGUUAGUGACAAUAAAUUACGUACUCAAUGUAUGCGCGCGCACGUAUUUCCGUAAUACGGAUGUCGAACCUCGCUGAAGUGAAAAUCUCCGGAGACCGGAUGCGCAAUCGAUAUUGUGAAAAAACAAAAAAAUUUUAUUUUUCUCCGUGCACGCGUUGAAUUGAAGUGGAAGUGUACGUUUUAAAGUGAAAAUGGCAGCACGAGAGGAGAAGUUCACUUUAGCAAAACACAAAAUCUUUCUCUUUCGCGACAAUUUCGUCUUAUCGCGGCAUUCGCCUUUUAUUGAAGUUCGACCGCAGUACGUGUAUAUGUUACGCAUGUAAAUUUGCAUAAACACAUGGUAUAUAUUUGACUUCGAAUUUAAACAACACACGUCCGGUUCUCCGUCAUUCCGUUUCUAUUCUUACAGAUCUCGCGGUGUGCGGAUGAUCCGAUCUUUACGCGAGCGCAAGGAAAACCUAUGCGAUUGUUUUUUUUUUUUUUUUUUUUAAAUAGGCUUCGAAUGAUCGAUUCGUGAAAAUUACAGAAUUUUAAUUUUUGUUUUUUUUUAAUCUCUUUUUUUGCACCUGUUGCGCGCUCUCUCUUUUCUAUAAGCGCAGCAUUAGAUUUAUACAUCAUAUAAUUUUAGAGAUUCUGUGUUAAAUAUAUAUACGUUAUGGCCAAAAAUUAUUUGUAACAUACAUGUGAUCAUAAUCAACAAUGUGUAUAUGUAUAUUUAUAUACAAAUAUGGUAGUUACACAAAUGGUGCUACACAAUAGGACCUGUAAAUAAGCUAUCUUGUGUGGAGAAUAUUUUGUAAAAAAAAAAAAAAAUUUUAUGUAAAGUACAACUACAUACGUUACACAGGUGUAAAUUUCUAUAUGCUUAUGUAAGCGAAUUUACAUCUCUCUUGCAGAUGAAAAAUUAGUUUCUUUUUUUAAAUAAAUUUACAGAAAUUUGCAGAAACCGACGAAAGCAAAAUUUGUGAAUUGUUGCGUGUGUACAGCACCAGGCAGGGUAAUAAAAUAUACAAAAAUAUAAUAAUAAUAACAAUUUGUACAUUUACAUAAAAUCUUUACACAAUACGCUAUAUUGUUUAUGUAAGAUUUCUAUUAGUAACGAUUUGAUAUAGUUACGCGAAAAAAGCGAGAUAUGAAAAUUAUCUCUUAUGUAAAUUAUACCUGGUUUUUAAUUUGCAUAUUAUGUGUGCGUGUCUGUUAUUAUCAAGUCUUUUGCAGGCAAAAUUUCAAAAAUUAUGUAUCAUUUUGAAGUAUUUGCCAUUUCUUUUUUUUUUUUUUAUAGUAACGUUCAAAGAAAAAAGAAAAAGUUUAAAAACAAUCGAUCGAUUCGCAACAUUUUGUUGUUUGCGGACAAUUUUGCCGCACCAAAGUACGUUCCGUUCAAAUGCGACGAAUAGUAAGGGCUGACACUUCUUGCAAAGAAGAAAAAAAAA